GUGGCCGACUCCGGGCGCUGUGGGCGAGGCUGGCGGCGCGGGGCAGUACUUCCCUGUGCCGCUCGUGGGGCAGCUCGAUCUUGGCGUCGGCGCAGGUCUGCCCGGGCGGGGCAAGCUGCGAGAGAAGCGGCUGACGACCGUCGCCAUCCAGAGCUUGAAUUGGAUGCGCGGCGCGCGCUGGCGAGAGGCUGGCCGCGCGAGGCCGCGCCUGGUGACCGCCGAGAAGGUGGCCGGGCUGCGGCGCGACGCGCAGCGGCGGGCGCAGCUGGCCGCAGCUGGCUGGAGACGUCCGAGCAGCGCGGAACCCUCGCAGCGAGCUCUUCCACAGCUGCUGCGGGGCCACGGCCCCUGCGGGGCCGAGGCCCGAGUUAACCUGGCUUCCUUCGCGCGCGACCGGCUCGGCGUCCCAGGCGACGUCGGGCUUGCGCCGCGCAUCGACCAGUUGCUGCCGGAAGCGGCCCGUGAUUCUUUGAAGGAGUAUGGGAGUUACGUGCUGAGGUCGCCUGGAGAGGUGGCCAUGCCCGACAAGGCGCUGGGGCCAGUGCGGCCCUGUGCCGACCCUGUGCUGCGAUCCAAUCGAAAGGUGUAUGUGGGGCAUGUGAAGCGGCCCCCACGGAUAGGGCUGGCGCGGCUGAGCGCCAGCAAGAAGUGCGACGCGGGCGUGUUCGUGGUCGAGGAGAAGGGCGGCGCGCAGCAGAGGCUGAUCUUGGACUGUCGGGCGUCCAACAGGCAGUUCGUGUCUCCCCGGGGCGUCGGCCUCCUGACGGGCGAGGGGCCGGGCCGCGCGGGGCGGCAGGCCGGGGGGCGCGGGGGCGUGUGCCUCGGGGCCUCCGACGUCGAGGGCUGCUUCCACAGGCUGAGGUACCCCGGGGGCUCCAAGCUGGACGAGUACUUCGCCUGCCCCGAGAUGUGGCCUCCGAGAUGGGCCUCGCCCGGGGGCGAGGGCCCUGGCGGACAGGGGAAGUACUGCUACGCGGGCAACUUGGGCGCGCUGGCGGACGACGAGGACUACGCGCGGCAGGGGCUGACGGUGGUGACCGAGACCUUCGGGGGCCAGGAGCGGGCGGUCCACGAGGUGGGCGGACAGUUGGGCCGUACGCGGCCCACUGCCAAGAGGUUCUGGCGCGUGAGGGGCUCCAUCCAGGAGCUGGUGCGCCGCGGGGCCUGCUCCCGGCAGGAGCUCGAGGCCCUGGUCGGGCACGUGGCGUUCGUGGCCUUGAUUCGGCGGGGGCCGCUGUCCAUCCUGCGCGCGACCUACAGGUUCGUGAAGAAGCAGUACUUCACCAGGGCGCCGUUGCGGGGGGGCGGGAGGCAGGGUCUCCUCGCGUUCAGCGGCGCGAUGGUGUUCGUGGAGGCGAAGUGGGGCGACGAGUGGCUGCGGGGCGUCUACCAGACCGACGCGUCGCCGCGGGGUUUCGGCGUGGCCUACUCGCGGUGGCCGAAGGCGGUAGUCGCCGACGCUGGGCGGGCGCCCGAGCGGGCGCGGUUCCGGCUGGGCGCCGAGGGGCUCGAGCGCUUGGCCCGCAGCCAGCGCAGGCACGAUGCGCGGGCCCUGUUCGUGGGAGACAACCUGGCGCUGACCCUGGCGCUGGGCAGGUCCCGAUCCAGGGGCUUCAAGCUGCUGGCCCUCGUCAGGGCAAGGGCGUCGAGCCUGCUGGCGAGGCUGGAGGCGCCGGCGCUGGAGCCGACCAUCUCGCUGGAGAUUGUGGCCAGGCAGGGCCCGCCGCCAGCAGGCGCCGCCUUGACCGUCGAGGGCGGCGAGAGCGACUCCGCCUCCGAGGAGGUGCCAGCUGGGGCGGACCGCCUGGGCGAGCUGCUGGCCCGACAGCGGGCGCGGCGGCGCGUGGCUCGGAUGGCCGAAGGGGCCGCGGCGGGGCCCCCCGGGCGGAGCUACCUGGAGGCCGCCGGCGUGUCCGAGGAGAACAUGGCGCUGCGCGAGGGCGACGAGGUGGGCGAGUGUCUCGCGUCGUGGAUGAACAUGCGGUACCUGCUCGGGGACAGGGCGUGGCGCGGCGAGUGCAUGGCGGCCGCCCUGAUGUGCGCUUCCCCGAGCUUCGCGAGAGAACCUGUGCCCGAAGCGCAGCCGCUGGCCGCUCCCGUGGGCCGUUUGGGCCGCCCCCUGGCUGUGGAGCUGCUGAGGGGCGGGCUGGGGCGGGCCUGCUUCGGGGCGCUGCUGAUGGCGGGCGCGUGCCUGAGGCCGUCCGAGCUGCUGAGUCUCCGACGCGGGCCCCUGGCGCCGCCGGCGCGCGGAGGGCUCCGAUAUUGGAGCCUGCACUUCUUCCCCUGGGAGGGGGCCGAGCGCAGCAAGGUCGGGGGCGCCGACGACACCGUGGUGAUGAAUUCCGAGCGGAUGCGGUGGGCCGACCCAGUGCUGGCGCACCUGGCCUGUCCCGCGUCGGAGAGGCUGUUCCCGUGGGACUACCAGCAGUUUGGCAGGCUGGUGCAGGGCGCAGGGGGGCGUUUGGGGAUCGAGGUGGUGCCGUACCAGGCUCGGCACAGCAGCAUCAGCCUCGACCGGGCGUUCCACCUGAG